AUGGAUUCUGAGCUUCUUCAAAGUUUUGUAAGAUCUGGUCCUACGUUAGAAGAAGAAAUUGAGCCUAGUCGCUUAUAUAAUGCACAACAAAAAGAAAAAAUUGAAACUCCUUCAACGCCUACCCGAACUUGGGGGCGUCGUAAAAAUGUCGUUAUCAUUGAGCAAAGAAAAGUUAAAACUGUAGCAUUGGCGAUCGAUGAGUGUUAUUGUGAUAAAGACCGAGCUGCAGCUGUAAGCUUUGGAUACGUUGAUAUAAAAUAUGACUUGAAACAGAAGCAGUCUGCUGAAAAACUUAAAGUCCGCAUUAUGCCUGAUGAUUCUGAUGCCAUGGCUUUUCUUAUGUUGGGAAUGAGGGAGAUAAAAUGUGGGAAUAUAGAAAGUGGUUUACGCUUCCUUUCUAAGGCCAUUGAAAUGUCCCCUAAUGACCAAGGUGCACUUAUUGCACGGAGCAAGUGCUACUUACAAUUAGGAGAACCAGAAAAAGCUCUAACUGAUGCGGAAACAGCGUUAUCUAUGGAUAAAAACAGUAUCAGAGCAAUUUUUCAAAAAGCAGAAAGUUUGUACUAUCUUGGAAGAUUUGAAUUCAGCCUUAUGUUCUUUUAUCGUGGUUUGAGAUUACGCCCUGAACUAGAUAAUUUUCGUCUAGGUGUUCAAAAAUCACAAGAAGCUAUAGAAGCAACAAUUGGAGGCUGUCAAAAAAAAGUCGACCAGCGAGCUCUUACCAAUUUACAAACAACUGGAAAAUUUUCUUCUAAUGAAGCGUCUAAAGUUAAUAAAACGAAAUUAAAGCCUUCAGCAAAAGAAAUAUGUGAACGUAAACAAUCUCGAAAACUACUCGGUGAAUUAUUUGUUGAUAAGGAAUAUUUAGAAAAUUUGUUGGCACAUCCAAACCUCAAACGUGCGGAUACAAAAAAUGAAGACAUUUCUACAUAUGCCACAGAGGCAAUUGAUUUUUUAAAUGCACGUGAAGAAUUUUGGCGACAGCAAAAUCCAACAAAUAUCUUAGCUUCAAAAAAAAGUAAUAGCGUUAUUGCUUCAUUACUUUAA